CCCCCAGCAAGUCCCACUCACUCUCCCCCCACCAUGCUCAGUUUGUGUGUCAGGGGCUGGGCUUUCCCCUUCCAUGUGAAUGACUGGGCUCCUUCUAUCCCUGCUCAUUCUGCACAUGCUUUGCUCUAGGCACUUCCCUUCAUGGUUUGGCUGCAAACUGACAGUUGCACAAGAGGCAGGGGGUCCCUGGGAAUUCCGGGGCCACAGUGACAUCCUACAGCAGAAGCAGCUGAUCGCCCAGCCAGGUUUAACAGAGCAAGAAUGGCCGAGCUGUGUGAAUCUGAAGGCACCAUAGACUGGGAAGAGAGAUGUAUGACGCUGGAGUCCCAGCUAAUGAAGUUUCGCAUCCAGGCGAAUAGGAUCCGAGAACUAUUAGCAGAGAAGAUGCAGCAGCUGGAGAGACAAGUCACUGAAGCUAAUCGCCGGGCAGAGAAGGCGUUUGAACAGGUACAAGUCAUGGAGGAAAAGCUAAAAGCAGCCAAUAUUCAGACGAGUGAAGCAGAAACUCGGUGGUACCAGAAGAGCCAAGACUUAGAGGUGCUGGUCCAAGAGAAGGACGAUAUUAUUCACUCACUGGAGCAGGAACUUGAAGAUCAGAAGCAAAUCCGGAUACAAGAAGCAAAGAUGAUAGAAGACAAGGCAGCAAAGAUCAAAGACUGGGUCACAUCAAAACUGAGAGAGCUUGAACUUGAGAAUCAGAAUCUACGUCUAAUCAACAAAAAUUACAAUGAAGAGAUCAUUGCUCUGCGUUCCAAGUUACAAGAGAUGAAGGAUAAGAAGUCUUCGGUGGGUGCCACACAGAAGCCGUCGGAAGGUCAGCGACUGAGCAGUUUGACUUUUGGAUGUUUUCAGAACAGAGCAAAAAGCCCCCAGGUGGAUCCAAAACAUGAGGAAAGUAGCAAGUCAUCAACAGACGGCAGCUAUGAUAAUAACACAAAAGAAAAGGCUCCCAGUAUACAAUGGCAAGAUAUUUCUGAUGCCCAGACAUCUUUAUCGCGAUGUAGCAAGGGACGGAUCUGUGCAGACAUCCCCAGUAUCAGUAUCAGUGACUGGAGCUCAGAAGAAGACAUUAAGAAACCCCAGGUCAAUGCUAGAUCAGUGUCUGCACCAUCCAGUCACAUUUCAGACGAAGGCAAAUGGAACAGCAGAACAGGUAGCGACCUCUAUCUAACUGUUUCAGAAGACAGUAAUUCUGUUUGUGAAGAAGAAAGUGUCGAGCUGCAUAAUAAUGACCAGGCAGUGUUGUACUCCUUGCAGAGAGGGUUGCAAAGAAGCCCUCAACAUCUGUUAAAUGGCAAAAAAUACUUUACAUUUUCAAAUCAAAGAGCAAAGCUGGAGAAAUCUACUGAAGAUCUGAACAAUAAAUAUUCAUUCCCAGGUCUAGACUAUGCAUUGUUUUCUAGUGAGACCAACCCAACAUUUUCAUCCAAGAAUGUAAACUCAACACCAAGGCCAGGAGGCCAGCAUUCAACCCCCAAAGACUCAGCCACCAACCUUCCAUCUCCCAAGCAAAGGACUCCUAAUAUCUUAAGCAUGAGUGAGGCUUCAGCCAAGAAGCACCUCAGUCAGCCCCAGAUGAGCUCUGACAGAAUGUUCGGAAAAAACAGGAAUGCUAUAAGCAUGGUGAAGCCAUACAGGCCCCAGGAGACUGACAUAGAUUUGAUUGAUGAGCAUAGUAGUAUGUUCCAAAAGAUGGAUACUAGCUAUGAUGGAAUUUCAUUUUCAUACGAUAUGAGAUCCAGCCAAAAUUCACUAGACAAAGGCACAGUUGGUUCUCCAGAAAAGGCGAAUUGUGCCAAACCCCCGACGCCUCCGCUACAUCGAUUUCCUUCUUGGGAAAACCGUAUUUACACCAUUGCCAAGUCAGGAAUGAGAAUGUCUGAUGUUUCUUCCGAGGUCAACAAUAAAGGUAACUUGAUAACAUCAGCAUCAACAUCCGGAGUCUACACAUCGCUGAUAUACAAGAAUCUGACAACUCCAGUAUACACCACUCUGAAAGGGAAAGCAACUCAGAUUAGCACCAGUCCUUUGGAGGAUUCUUCAGGUUCUGAGGAGGAGGACAGUUCUCGUUCGAGUUCUCGGACCUCCGAGUCAGACUGUCGGAACCAGAGUGAUGCAGGAAGCCCUCGAGCCUUGAAGAGAGGCAUCUCUUUCUCCUCCAUGGCAUCAGACAGUGAUUAUGCAAUUCCUCCUGAUGCAUAUUCAAUCGACAGUGAAUUCUCAGAACCAGAACAGAAGCUUCCAAAAACCUGUUCCUCAUCAAAUGACAAUGGCAAAAAUGAGCUUCUAGAAAAGUCUGGGUAUUUGCUAAAAAUGGGAGGCAAAAUAAAAACGUGGAAGCGUCGAUGGUUCGUACUUAAAGGAGGGGAACUGUUGUAUUACAAAUCUCCAAGUGAUGUCAUACGGAAACCACAAGGUCAAAUUGAGUUAAAUUCAUCCAGCCACAUCCUCAAAGGGGAUGGGAAGCAAACUGUCCAGUUGGUGACCGAAAAGCGCACAUACUAUCUGACAGCAGAUUCCCCUAAUAUCCUGGAUGAGUGGGUCAGAGUUUUACAGAAUGUUCUGAAAGUGCAGGCGGCGAGUGUGCUGUUCACACAACCAGAUGUCAAACCAACAGUGAAGGGGUUGCUCACCAAGGUUAAACACGGAUAUUCAAAGCGAGUUUGGUGUACGCUGGUUGGCAAAACCUUAUAUUACUUCCGGAGUCAGGAGGAGAAGUUUCCUUUGGGACAAAUCAAGCUUUGGGAAGCAAAAGUAGAGGAAGUGGACAGAUCCUGUGAUUCUGAUGAAGAUUAUGAGACCAGCGGGCGAAGUUUGUUAUCAACCCAUUACACCAUUGUGAUCCACCCCAAAGAGCAAGAUCCCACAUACCUCCUUAUUGGAUCCAAGCAUGAGAAAGAGACUUGGCAUUAUCACUUAACCAUGGCCGCUGGAAUCACUGGUGUGAAUGUGGGGACUGAGUUUGAGCAGCUGGUUUGCAAGCUUUUAAGUUCCGAAGGAGAACCAUGCACCCAGAUUUGGAGACACCCUGUUCUCUGCCACAGUAAAGAAGCAAUAACUUCCGCACUCACCACUUUGCCUUCGGAAGCUCUGCAAACAGAAGCAAUUAAAUUAUUUAAGACCUGUCAGUUAUUCCUCAAUGCGGCUGUGGAUUCGCCGGCUAUUGACUACCAUGUGUCCCUGGCCCAGAGUGCCCUGCAGGUUUGCCUGACCCACCCAGAGCUGCAGAAUGAGAUGUACUGUCAGCUGAUUAAACAGACGCGACACAGGCAGCCAAACAACCAGGCCAGCCCCAUCCAGGGUUGGCAGCUCCUCGCUCUCUGCACAGGACUCUUCCUGCCCCAGCACCCAUACAUCUGGCUGCUGAAGCUUUACCUGAGCAAAAAUGCUGAUAGCAGGACCGAAGCGGGGAAAUAUGCCAUUUACUGCCAGCGCUGCGUGGAGAGGAGUCAGCAGAAUGGCGACCGCGAGGCGAAACCUUCCAGGAUGGAAAUCCUCUCCAUUCUGCUGAGAAACCCGUAUCACCACUCCUUACCGUUCAGCAUCCCUGUGCAUUUCAUGAAUGGCACAUAUCAGGUUGUUGGAUUUGACGCAUCGACCACAGUAGAAGAAUUCCUUUGCACGCUCAACCAGGACAUAGGCAUGAGGAAGCCAGGGCUCUCGGGAUUCGCUCUUUUUACGGAUGAUCCGUCAGGAAAGCAAUUUGAACAUUGCCUUCAAGGGAACCUCAAAAUUUGUGACAUCAUCUCAAAAUGGGAACAAGCGUCCAAAGAACAGCACCCUGGGAAAUGCGAUGGCUCCCGCACAGUACGGCUCACCUACAAGAACAGACUUUGCUUUGCAGCACAAAUGCGGGGAGAAACAGAGAAAGAAAAGUUGCUAUUAAUGUACCAGACAAACGAUAAAAUAGUUAAUGGAAUAUUCCCGGUGAAUAAGGAGUUGGCUUUAGAACUGGCGGCACUCUUGGCCCAGGUAGAAAGUGGAGACUUUGAACGUCCAUCACAAACUGCAACAUGUCAAGGGAAGUCCAACCAAGCAGUAAAGACAGCCUUGGAGAAAUUCUACCCAAAGAGAUAUAAAGAUGACUGCUCCGAAGAACAACUCAAGCAACUUCAGCAACGUUUGGCAACAAGGUGGAUGGCUCUUCGAGGCCACAGUGGCUCAGACUGUGUACGGAUUUACCUGACUGUGGCUAGGAAAUGGGCAUUCUUUGGAGCCACACUUUUUGUAGCAAAGCCUGUCCUGCCAACACCCUUCGGAAAUGCUAUUGUGUGGCUUGCCGUGCAUGAAGAUGGCAUCAGUGUCCUGGAAUAUAACACAAUGAGGCCUCUAUUCAUGUACGCACACAGGAGUCUAAUGACCUUCGGAGGUCACCGGGAUGACUUUAUGCUGGUGGUUAACAACGCACCGACAAAGGACAAGCCGUCUGAGAAACUUCUCUUCGCCAUGGUGAAACCGAAGAUACUGGAGAUCACUCUGCUCGUCGCCUGCUACAUUAAUGUGUAUCAUCAGCAGAAAGUGACGGCUCAUCACCUCUCCGCCCCGGCCCUCUUGUCUGCCCAGGUCAUGGAGUCCAAAACAAAACAGAUGGGCAGCCAGCCCCUCUUAUCAAGCAACAGGCCAACCAAAGGCCCAACUUUGUUAUGAGUUUUAUAUAUUGAAUGACUCUUUGUCAUUCGUGCCCAAACCACAUUCUUGCCAACUUAGAGAGCAAAGUGGCAGAACUGAUUUGAAAUGCCUGAUCCAGACAACAACAAGAAUGUUUGUUACCAUUAAUGUACCUCCAUCUACAUUUGUUACAGUGGAAAUGUGGUAUUGAGUGGCCAACCCACCUCAGAAUAGAGUCCUGCAUAAGUUCGAGUACCCACGGAAUACCCACAAAGUGGUUAUUGGCAGAAAGACCCCAGUUCCUCGACAAUGAGGGAAAUCUGAGGGUACCCUGUCUGGCUACCUGGUCCGAUUCCCCCACCUCCUCAAGUUAAAACUAAUGUUUUUCCCCUGACCUGGUUGAUCUACCUCAGGAGUGACGUCACUUCUUCCCACAAGUGAUGUCACUUCCAGUUAGUGCGGGUCUCGGGUCAGGCAGUGCAGGUAGGUUCUGGCUGCAGGAACAGGGCACUCAAUAGUGGGCCAGCUUGUGUGUGUUGGCCCAGGUAUGUCCAACUGGUCCCACCAGUGUCGGACUGGCCCACCGGGAUACCAGGAAAACUCCCGUUGGGUCCAGGUGUCAGGGGGCCCUUGAGCUGCUAAAAAUUUGGCCUAUUUCAU